AUGUUAAAGUGGACGGCGUCAGCGCAGAAGCUGAAUCAGCUCACGCCGAACAUAAAGGCGGCUACGACGACAUUACGUUCACCGCACCCGUUAACAGACGCGAAACGACGCCGCCGACGUGCCACAAUCAGCAAUAAGGAGAACAUCGUACCAUAUACCUCAACUCCGAUGGUGGCGCGAGAGCACAACAGCCCACUGGUGCUUUCGCCGUUAACGGAUAUUUUGAAUGUCACACCGAAAACGCAGUCGCCGCUGACGCAGCGCACACCAGAGCGAAUGCUGAACGCAAGUACGAGUACAACCAGCCGGGCACUACCCAAUCGCCGCCACUCAACAGUGGGGUUCUUUCUGCACCCGGCGCCUAAUUACGCUUCCACUCUGCCACGCUUCGAGGAAGAAUACUCGCCAAGCACAGCGCUGCCUACUGGACAACAAGUAGCUUUAAGAGGACUACUGCCAGACCCUUUCCUCAGCAACUUGCGCUACUUUAACACACCCGAGUUGGAGAAGCGAAAGCAAAAGGAGGCGCAAGAAAAGCUGAAGGCCGCCAGAAAAUCAUUGCCACGAAAGCUAGAAGCAGAUUUUGCUGAAAUUGCGCGAGAAUGUUGCGGCGGCCAGCAACCGAAGCGCAACUACAAUGAGUCGCAUUCAGCCGGUAUGAGCGACCAAACCUUAGACAAACUCAUUGACGCUAUACUCGACUCAGCGCGCAAAGGCGAAAAGAAGAAGAUGAGGCCGCGCAAGUCAUUCAACUUACGUCGUCGCACGCUGCUGAAGAACCAGACCGAGCAAAAAGUCAGCGAAUUAGUUUUGUCACCAUCCUACGCGCCCGGCGACGAUCCAGCGAGUGAUCUCAGCUUCCUCUUAGCCGAACCGGUAUCGAAAAGCAUGAUGAAGGUGCAGGGAUCUACUAAGGCAUCGCCACCCACACCAGCUCCAGCUACACCCUUGCCCGGCACGCCUAUAUCUGAGGAAGUAUUGCAAAAAAUGCCCACGCCCGCCACCUGCGCCUGUGCAGCACAGCUACAUUUUCUGCGCUCGAGCACAAGCAAGGAGCGAUUGGAUACCACGUUCACGCUGGAGACGCCCGUGCGGUUGCCUAUGCAGAGGAAGCGACAGCGGCGGAAAACAUUGGCCGUAUCGAUCGGCGGCGGCACGAAGCGCUUCAAGGCCGAUGGUAGCCAAAACUACUACGAUGUUGGACUUGCGUUACCAUCGAUUUUUGUUUGA